UGUCUUUAACUAACAAGCCGAACCCAAAAAUGGUCGCGGCUAGACUUAUGCUCGUGCUAGGGGUGCUGGCGUUGGGCCACCCGUGCGCGGGGCAGGCGGUAACAGUUAGAACGCUGGUCGGCGAGAUCAUGGGAUCCACGGAGCAGGUAGCGGUGGACGGACGGCCUUACCAGAUAUCGCGCUUUCUUAGUAUUCCGUUUGCCGAAACGACCGGCGGCCAGAAUCGCUUCCGGAAGCCGAUUCCAAAGGCGCCUUUUACGGACGUUUUCAACGCAACUCAAAUGCCCAUGGGCUGUUUUCAAGGAUCCCUAGGGGGUGCGGCGAAGUACGGGAAGUAUAUGAAUUUCACUGAGGACUGCCUCACACUUAAUAUCUACGUGCCUCAUGCGUUUGCCGGCAACCCCUCUCUGCCGGUGAUGGUCUGGAUCUACGGGGGUGCGUUCGUCGAAGGCGCCACCGCCAUUUACCCGGGUGAAGGAAUGGCGGCGCUCGGUGAUGUCAUCCUGGUCACCGUUAAUUACCGGGUCGGCAUGUUCGGCUUUAUCCGCAGCGCUAACGGCGACCUACCAGGCAACCAGGGGUUGUGGGACCAACACCUAGCCAUUAAGUGGGUUCAUAAUAACAUUGCCGCUUUCACUGGAAACCCGAAUGACGUAACGAUAUUCGGUGAAUCUGCGGGUGCAGCUUCUGUUGUUUUCCAAGCGCUUUAUUCAGGAAACAAAGGCCUGUUCCGGCGUGUCAUCGCACAGAGCGGUUCAGCUAACUCCUACUGGGCAAUACAUAACGGACCGAAUGCGGAAGCCUUCAUACAGAAGAAGGGCUGUGGCGGAUCACCGGAUCCCGCCGGCUGCCUGCGCGCCCUUGAGCCGACAAUGAUUAUGGACCAAGACACAUUACCGAUGAGACCUGUAGUCGACAAUGAUUUCCUCGUUGCUGAUCCAAAAAACAUUAUGUUUGAAAACGAUCCGAAAACUGCAGCCGCGAGAAACUUCUUUUCUUCCUUAGAUUUUCUUACAGGAUUUAACGAAUUCGAUGGAGCGCUUUAUGUUAGAGAUGUUUGGCCAUCUCUUCUAGGGUACACGGACAUGGACAGCCUCACUGUGACGCGGGAGCAGUUCUCAAAGGUUGUAGUUCCGAUAACAGUAAGUGCCGCGUGGCCGUCUGCGAAUAACGCGACGGCGGAGGUAUUGGGCCGGCUUGUGGACUUUAUGUACACGAACUGGAGCCGUCCCGACGACAGUGUCUUCCUACGCAAUGCACUGGUCGAACUGUCCAGUGACAUUGCAUUCUUCGGGCCGGCAAUAUCUACAGUGCACGGCCAUGCGUCCCUAGGCGGCGGAAGGACCUUCCUCUACCGGUUUAGUGUGACUCCAACCACACACGCAUUAAAAACACCUUUAUGGAUUGAAGGCCCCAACCAUGCGGACGAAAUACAGUAUGUGUUCGGGUACCCUCUCUUUCGGGCCUCCGUUUCCACAGGUCACUACACAAAUCUGGAGCGACAGGUUUCCCACGCCGCUGUCACUAUGUGGACCAACUUUGCCAAAACCGGCGACCCCAACAAGCCGACAACCGUGCUGUGGUACACCAAUACCACAUGGCCGGAAUAUGACGUCACGUCACAAGCCUACAUUCAUCUUAACGGAAACGGGGCCGCAGUCGGCAGCCGGUUUGCGGCGCGCCGAAUGGAGAUGUGGCAGCACUUGUUUCCGGCGGUGGCAGACAUCUACGAUUGUAACAAGCAUGCACAAGGGCCCGACGUACCUGUAUUUGUAGGGAAAUAGUUGUGCGAGACAGUCCAUCAUCGGACUGGUUUGACCAGUGCUUUCAAUAAAAAAGUUUAGAUAUAUAUUUACAACACAUCUUCCUUAAAGUUUGUAUUAUCACGCGGAUCCAACUCAGUUGACUGACGAACUCUGACACAGAAGCAUGUACAUAGUGCCUCAGAUUAUCCUGAGACAAAGGUUGUCUGUUAUUAAAUGGUGAAUAAUGUCAUUAAAUGGAGCCAUAAUUGCUUUUAAUCGUA